AUGGCUCGGGCCGCCUGGCUCCACUGCGCGGCCCCGCGCGCCCCCCUGCUCCUGCUGCUGCUGCUGCUCCCGCUCCCGCCGCCGCCGCUGCUGGCUCGGGCCAGGCCGCCGGAUACCCAUCAUCGCCACCCUGUGAGGAGGGUGCCACAGCCCCGGCAUGCAGCUUUGCCUGCCCCUGCUGCCCUGGAGGUCCCCCAGCCUGCUGGUGGUCCUAGACCUCCACGAUGUGGCGUGCCUGACCCACCUGAUGGGCUGAGUGCCCGGAACCGUCAGAAACGAUUUGUGCUGUCUGGAGGACGCUGGGAAAAGACAGACCUCACCUACAGGAUCCUCCGGUUCCCGUGGCAGCUGGUACGGGAGCAGGUGCGGCAGACAGUGGCAGAGGCCUUACAGGUGUGGAGCGAGGUGACACCACUUACCUUCACCGAGGUGCACGAGGGCCGUGCUGACAUCGUGAUCGACUUCACCAGGUACUGGCAUGGUGACAACCUGCCAUUUGAUGGGCCUGGGGGCAUCCUGGCCCAUGCCUUCUUCCCCAAGACCCACCGAGAAGGGGACGUCCACUUUGACUAUGAUGAGACCUGGACUAUUGGAGACAACCAGGGCACAGAUCUGCUACAGGUGGCAGCUCAUGAAUUUGGCCAUGUGCUGGGGCUGCAACACACAACAGCAGCUAAGGCCCUUAUGUCUCCCUUCUACACCUUCCGCUACCCACUGAGCCUCAGCCCAGAUGACCGCAGGGGCAUCCAGCACCUAUAUGGCCAGCCCCGGCAGGCCCCCACCUCCCAGGCCCCAGCCCUGGGCCCCCAAGCUGGGAUAGACACCAAUGAGAUUACACCAUUGGAGCUGGAAACCCCACCUGAUGUCUGUGAGGCCUCCUUUGAUGCAGUCUCCACCAUCCGAGGCGAGCUCUUCUUCUUCAAGGCGGGCUUUGUGUGGAGGUUGCGUGGUGGCCGGCUACAACCUGGAUACCCUGCGCUGGCCUCUCGCCACUGGCAAGGGCUACCCAGCCUUGUGGAUGCAGCCUUUGAGGAUGCCCAGGGUCACAUCUGGUUCUUCCAGGGUGCUCAGUACUGGGUAUAUGAUGGUGAGAAGCCAGUCCUGGGUCCUGCACCCCUCUCUGAGCUGGGCCUGAUAGGGUCCCCAGUCCAUGCUGCCUUGGUCUGGGGUCCUGAGAAGAACAAGAUCUACUUCUUCCGAGGUGGGGACUAUUGGCGUUUCCACCCCAGCACCCGGCGUGUGGACAGUCUUGUGCCUCGCCGUGCCACUGACUGGCGAGGGGUGCCCUCUGAGAUCGAUGCCGCCUUCCAGGAUGCUGAUGGCUAUGCCUACUUCCUGCGUGGCCGCCUCUACUGGAAGUUUGACCCUGUGAAGGUGAAGGCUCUGGAGGGCUUCCCCCGCCUUGUGGGUCCUGACUUCUUCGGCUGUGCAGAGGCUGCCAACACUUUCCGCUGA